AUGUCCCUUACUCUAGGAUCCGCAUUACGGAAACUUAUUAACUUCGGGUAUUUAACUGCACCAAUCCCGCGGGUUUCAUAUUUCGCUUCCUCGAAAUGGAGCUCCACGGUCUGCCGCUCUUACCAUAGAGAUCACGCAUUCCGCAGGCAUCGACGGUUACUCCAUACCUCGCUAGAUACCCCCCCAGGCACAGAUACACCCCCGCAAGCUAUACUCCAGGGUAACAUCUCGAAACUUGACCCUACGUCUCUUCCAUUGUCAUGCCCUGGCUGCGGCUCAUUUUCGCAAUGGGUCACUCCCGACGAAGCUGGUUUCUACUCUCUUAGCAGGAAUGCUGUAAAGGAGUAUAUGCGUUGCUUCUCUCCUGAUCCUGAAGAAUGCAGCUCUGCAGCUGAAGAUGUGCGAUCGAGCAACAAUGAUGUCAGCAUUAUCAAUGAUGCGCCGGCCGAAAAUGGACUGACCGAACAAUCUGCGACUGGGCUCGAAGGCAAGGGGCGAUCUACCUCAACUCCCUUGAAUAACCCGCACCCAGCUAACAUAACAUCUCCUAUAGGCACACCACCGCCAAGUGAUAUAAAGGUGCCAUUCUGCGACAGAUGUCACAAUCUCCUAAACCAUGGCCUUGCAUCUCCCAUUCCCUACCCAUCAUUAUCAUAUAUCGAAGACAUUCUGGCCGAAUCACCAUUCAAGCACAACCAUGUCUAUCACAUUAUAGAUGCCGCAGACUUCCCCAUGUCACUGAUCCCUAAUAUUGGACGAAUCCUCUCCCUGGCGAAGAUGCGCUCUCAAAACCGAAGAGCGAAAACCAUACAGUACGGUGGCGGGACUAGAAAACCCUCUCUUAGCUUCAUAAUUACACGUUCUGAUCUCCUUGGCUCCCAGAAGGCAUUCGUGGACCAUCUCAUGACCUUUAUAUUGAAAGUUAUGCGUGAAGCACUAGGUUCCAAAGGGAAAUAUGUGCGUCUGGGGAACGUGCACAUGGUUAGCGCGCACAGGGGCUGGUGGACGAAGGAUAUCAAGGACAAAAUCUGGGAAGAAGGAGGGGGUGUUUGGAUGGUUGGGAAAACAAACGUGGGGAAAAGUAACCUGCUCCAAGUUGUUUUCCCAAAAUCCCCUAGAGCUCUACCUCCUCCCAAACUAUCUUCCAGCAGGAGGUUCGACGGGAGUUUACAACUCAACAGGCGGAAUAUGAAUCUCACCGACUCCACCGCGCACUACAAUGAACUACCUCUUCCAGGAGAACUUAAAGACCAGGACCCCGACCAGAGCGGCAAAACUAUUCAAGAAGUUGACGUCCUCCUACCGCCCCCCCAGAAAGUAACUCAGUACCCCGUUUUCCCCAUUGUCUCUUCCCUCCCUGGAACCACAGCGUCCCCAAUCCGCAUCCCUUUUGGCAGAAAAAGAGGUGAAGUAAUCGACCUCCCCGGCCUCGCCCGUGGUGGCCUAGGAGAUUUUGUCAAAGACGACUAUAAACCAGACCUAAUCAUGAAAAAGCGCAUAAAACCCGAACGUCUGACACUGAAACCCACACAAUCUCUCGUCCUCGGUGGAGGACUCGUCCGCAUCACACCCGCUGAUGCAGACAAAUUCAUCAUUCUUGCCGCACCAUUUGUCCCCAUACAACCACACGUGACGUCGACUGAAAAGGCAAUUCUCAUGCAAGCAGAGCAGCGUGACGUGCCCAACGUCCCGAGAAUCGCCAAGGAAGGAAUUGCAGAAUCCAUACAAUCUGCUGGUGUAUUUGAGAUUAAGGGGGAUGUUACGAAGACGUAUGGCAAACCAACAUCGCUGCCAUUGGAUAGGAAGCGAAAGAAACUGCUAAAUACGUUACCGUAUCGGGUUCUGUCGACGGAUAUUCUAAUUGAAGGGUGCGGGUGGGUGGAGCUCAUUGUGCAAGUGCGCAAGAAGGAUCUGGAAGCUGGGUUUAUGCCGAAGGUUGAGGUAUUUACUCCAACGGGGAAGUUUGUGGGAAAUCGAAUGCCUAUGUGUGCGUAUUCUUUUUUGCUUGAGAAACAGCAGAGAUCUGCCAAACGUCGGACAAAAAGGCCGAUGAGGAGUAUGAAGAGGGCUAAGCGGUCUGCCAAGCGGUCAGGCGAUUAA